CAACUUUAUGUGACAGUGUAACGUGCGGCGGUGUGUGCCUUAGCCAUGUGUUUUUAACUAGUAACAGUGGUGGAAAACUGUGAAUUUGGAACCAGUUGGGCCAAUAACAUCUGAAACAUCAGCUUGAACAUGGAGCCUUCAUCGGCAGCAGCAACGAGCAACAGAGAGAGAAGAAAGAACAUUGCCCCCCCAACAUAUCAUGAGAAGGCCAAGAGAUUAAAAACUGAGCAGGAAAGUGAAGGGGUGAUGGAGUGUGCACAUUCGCCCCGCUUACCGAGGAUCUCUGUGCUGCCUGACUGGCUCCAACAACCAAUUACACUGAAUGAGCUGACAGAGCUGCUGCAUUAUGCCGCCCUGGGGAAAACAGGUGGCAUCAAACAGCCCAGUUGGUGCCGUCUCCACCACCAGAGGAAGGUUAAAGGUGUGAAUGCUGUUAUCGUGGAGGGUCUGACCCAGAGUCACUUUUACAAGCACUACCUCACUCUGCGACACCUCAGGACCAGCUACAACUCUAGGGUCACCUUCACUCCAUCAUCCAGCAACGUAGCGUCUGGAAUCUUCAUCAGUGAAGUUCCUAAAUCAGAUAAUCCAUCACUUUCCCAAACAAACAAGGAAAGCAGUGGAUUACACAAAGCACUGAAGAAUCACCCAGUAAUCACCAAGUUUGGGACACAGAGGAGAGGGCUCACAGUGUAUGUACUCACCCAGGAGGAGAUGAUCAAGAGACACUACCCUGUCAAAGGAAUGCCAGGGUUUGAGGAAUUUGUGUGUACAGACAGUGUUGACUGUGUGACUGACAGCAGCCCUCUGUAUGGACUUGACUGUGAAAUGUGUCUAACAGAAAAGGGAAAUGAGCUGACUCGUGUUUCUCUGGUGGAUAGUGAUGGGAACUGUGUGCUGGACGAGCUGGUGAAACCUCAGAAUCGCAUCCUCAACUACCUCACCAAGUUCUCUGGCAUCACCGCAGCGAUGUUGCGACCGAUCACCACCACCCUCCGGGACGUUCAGGCAAAGCUCAGGGCACUGUUGCCGCCGGACGCUGUCCUGGUUGGCCAUUCACUCAACAAUGACCUUGUGGCUCUGAAACUGAUCCACCCGCAUGUAAUCGACACCUCACUGCUGUACAGGAGAGAGUUUGGACAGAGGUUUAAGCUCAAGGUCUUAGCGGAGACUGUGCUGAAGAGGCAAAUCCAAACUGAAGAGAAGAAAGGUCAUAAUCCCAUUGAGGAUGCUGUGGCAGCCCUGGAGCUGGCCCAGUACUUUAUUAAAACAGGACCUUGUCAGGUUGUAGAGCAUCAUCUGGAGGAGCUGUGGGGAUACACAGUGGACACAACCGUGGAGGAGCUCACUGACUGCUCACCUGCACCCACACCAAGUCUCAGGUUUGCUGACAUAUUACAGACACUUGGCCGGUCAGUAGCCUUUUUAGGGAAGCGUUCUGACGUAGCCCUGGAUCUGUCCAAUCAGCAGUGGCACAACUCUGACAAAGAGGUGCUGGCCUCUUUCAGAAGACAGACCAAGUGUCCGUUCCUCUCAGUGCUCCAGCUCUCUUCCUUCUCAGACCACCUGAAGAGGUGUGCUCUUCAUCAGGAGCAGCAGCACCAGAGGGUGUGUGCAAACCUUCGUGAUAUGUGUGUAGUGUUUGCUGGGCCGUUCCCUGCAGGUUUCUCUGAGAGGGAGGUGAAGCGGCUUUUUUGUUGCUGUGGACCAGUGCGGAAAAUCCAAAUGCUGAACACAGCUGUCAGGGUCCAUGCAGAGGUAGAGUUUGAGCUGCUGGAGGGAGCUAUGCUGGCUUUAAAAACUUUGGAUGGAUUUAAUUUGCAGGGACAGUCCAUCAAGGUCCAGAGGCCUGUUUAUGAGUCAAUGCUGGACCUGGAUAUGACCCUUGAUGCUUUGAUGGGUGACACUCUCAACGCCACUCACCUCUAUGCUGUUAAAUUAAAGCCCACUAUGGCUGAGAGCAUUAACAUUUCUGCAAAGGUCAAUGGACACACAUUAAAUGCAGAAUGUUGUGCUGUAACUUCUGUUAAAAGAGCAAAUGGGUUGCCCCCUGCUAAAGUAAACGGUAAACGGUUGCGGCUCGCCACCAAAAAGUCUGAACUGUCUGAGGAAACAGUCAGAAACAGAUUUGGUCGCUUUGGGACAGUGGAGAGAAUCGUCCUGCCUGCCAAACCUGGAAAACAUGCAAGACAUGCACACAUAGAGUUUGAGAGUUCAGAGGGCAAACAUGCAGCUCUCAGCUCCUCUGAGGAUCUCUGGAAGGAGGACUAUGUCAUCUGCUCAUCCCUGACUCCGCCCCACUUGCGUUCAUGGGUUCCCAUGACAACAACAGAAACUACAGUGGAUGCUGACGGGGAAGAUAAGGAGAGGACCCACAUGUACACCAGUUCUCAGGACCAGGAAAUGGAGCUCCUGAUGGGCAAGUUGGACCGCAGAUUGGGGAAGCUGUUCAGAUCUCUGCCAGACGGCACCUUGUCUGUGGUUGUGCUGCUUGGACAUACCAGUGCUCAUGGCCACCUACCUGGUUUGUGCUUUAUGGAGAUCAAGUGAGGGUCCUGAGGAGAGCGGUGAUCCAGCUCUAGGAACAAGCAUAAACCAGCUGAAAAAAAUUAAGAUUAAAAAAUAAGUAAAUAAAUGAUAAAUAAGUUGCCAUAAACUCUGUGUUUUACUAAGACUUCCUUCACAGCAGACUUUUGUAUAUUUUUACUGAAAGAGCAAAGAGUAUGUCUGCAUGAUGCACUUUCCUAUUUGGUACAUGUAAAGGAAACUUACAGUCAAAUGUGGGAUGGAAAUAAAAAAAGACUAAAGACUAUUUUGUAACUAUAGCAGUAUUUACCAUAUAGGAUCUAUGCAUUUAGAUUUUGUGCAAUUAAAACACUUUUUGUGUGACAUUUUGUCUUUUCAUCACUGACUUUCAGUACCACAGUUCAGCAAUCACAGUCGAGCAGGUCACCUUCAUUCCAGGGACCAUAACAAGUCUUCAUGGUAUUAAAUUGCUGAGUCAAAUUGGAAACAAGGAUAAGAAUAGUACACCU